AUUUGUCCGUUGCUUCCUUUUGAAUUUCAAAUAUCAAUGCCCCUUAUUGGACACGACAAAACCCACCCACUUAUCCAACCAAGCAAACCCACGUCUCUCUCUCUCUCUCUCUCUCUCUCUUUGGUUUCCAUAUUUUUUUCUUCAAAGAAAGCUUUCUACUUCGAGCUCUUUUUUUUUUGGUUGCAAAAACCACUAUCUCUGUCUUGAGUUUAAUGUUGAUUGCACAAUAUCAGUGAUACCCACAUUCUCUUUCUAAGCAAAGUUUUGAUCUUUGAGCUUUUAGUAGCUCAGUUUUCUCAAGAAUCAAACAGUUUCUUGCUUGUGCAAGCUAGCUGGAGAAGAAGCAAGAUCUCUUAAGUAAUGGGUGCUUCGGGGAAAUGGGUAAAGGCUCUUAUAGGUCUCAAAAAGCCCGAUAAAGAAGACCAUGAGAAGGUGAGUGGUAAGAGCAAGAAAUGGAGGCUAUGGAGGAGUUCUUCAGGGGAUUUGGGGUCCUCAUGGAAAGGUUUCAAAGGAAACCAUAGAGCAGCUUCUGAAGGGUCUGAUUCUCCAGUGGCUGAUGCUUUUACAGCUGCAAUGGCCACAGUGGUUCGUGCUCAUCCUAAGGAUUUCAGGGCUGUAAGAAAAGAAUGGGCUGCUAUCCGGAUCCAAACUGCUUUUCGUGGCUUCUUGGCAAGAAGAGCUUUGAGGGCCUUGAGAGGAGUGGUGAGGCUUCAAGCUCUAGUUCGGGGUCGACAGGUGAGGAAGCAGGCUGCUGUAACACUGAGGUGCAUGCAGGCUCUUGUUCGAGUUCAGGCUCGAGUUAGGGCUCGUCGUGUCCGAAUGUCCAUAGAGGGACAAGCUGUACAGAUGAUGCUUGAAGAGCGCCGCACCCAGGCUGAUCUCCUAAAAGAAGCUGAGGAGGGGUGGUGUGAUAGCAAGGGAACAUUGGAAGAUGUUAAAUCGAAGAUACAAAUGAGGCAGGAAGGUGCCUUCAAGAGGGAGAGAGCAAUUGCAUACUCUCUAGCUCAAAAGCAAUGGAGAUCAACCCCCAAUUUGAAUUCACGUACAAGUGCCUUAGUGUACCCACUCAAGAAUCAUGAGAUUGACAAGAACAGCUGGGGAUGGAGUUGGUUAGAACGUUGGAUGGCUGCCAAGCCAUGGGAGACUAGAUUGAUGGAACAAUCCCACACUGACCCCUUGGAGACAACUCCACCUCCAAAGAGUUGCGCAGAUUCCAUUUUAGGCACACAUUCAAAGUCUUCUGAACCAUGCUACGUGAAGGUCAGAAAGAAUAAUGUCUCUACUAGGAUUUCUGCUAAACCUCCCCAUAAUGGACAAGUUGCUCGUUCAUCUUCCAGCCCAAGUUCCGAAUUCCGGUAUGAUGAGAGCUCUGCCUCAUCUUCAAUCUGCACAUCAACAACACCAGUUUCUGGAAACACUGGAUUGGCUUCUGACAGAACAGAAGAUAGUAGCAGUAAUUGUAGGCCAAGUUACAUGAACCUGACUGAGUCCACUAAGGCAAAGCAGAAAACAUGCAGUUAUCAAUCUUAUAGAGUCCAGACGCAGUCAAUGGAUGAGUUCCAAUUUCUCAAAAGGUCAGCAGCUUUCUCUAAUGCUGAUUCUAAAAGCAGUGCUGGUUCUGAGCCUUCUUCAAUCAACUUUUCCAAGCCGCUUCACCUGCCAACCCGAUUGGAUAAGCACUCAAUGAAAUUAAGGUAAAAUAUGGAUGCAUUCAUCUCUGUCUGUUCAAGAAGUUCAACAGCUUGUUGUUCCCUAGUGCCUCUAUUUAAGAAUGCGUAUUAAGUUUAAGGAGGUUGUAUAACUGAGCUGUACUGAAACACCCCCCAUCAGUUAAUGUGAUUUGAUUCAAGGGUUCUUUAUUUGUAAAA